AUGAAGGCUACAGUGAAGGGGAGAUACAAGGUGGACAGGAGCUCCACCAGCACCACCUUCGCUGUCAACACCGGCGACCUCAAGCUCAAGGCCUCCAUGACUGAUGCCAGUUUCGUCCACAGCCCCUCCCUCAACGGCCUCGCUCUCUCUGUGGAGAAGCUUGGCUCCUUCAUCAUCGACUACAACGUCCCCAAGAAAGAUGUUAGGUUUCAGUUCACGAACUCAGUGAGGGCUUUCGACAAGACGGUGAAUUUGACAUACACUCAUGCCUCUGUGGACAACCAUGUGAACCUCGAUGGCUCGAUGUCAUUCGAUCUGGCGAACAAGGUGUCGGUCAACCAUGCUCUGGGAUCGGGGAAUUGGCAGUUCACCCACCUUAAAAGAAAAAUAAAACUAGCGAUUGAGAACAAAGUUGCCAAAGAAUACCUGGAGGGCGGGCAGUGGUGCAGUAAGAAUGAAACACUAGCACUCGGAGACAGUAGCCAGCUUGCAGUGGAGGUGAAGGGAGGGUCCGCAAAUGCCUUCAGGAUCAAGGCCUAG